AUGAAAAACGAACAACUAAACCUGAGUGCAUGUAAGACGAGGCCGGGAGCGAAGGCGAGCCCGCGACGGCAAGAGACGGCCAGAGACCGAGGGCCGCCACUCUGUGAUGCUGCAAUAAUCGGCGACGAGGCUGUAGUUGCGAGGGAGGAAGGGCUGGAGGCGAGGCGGUUCGGCCAUGGACGACCGGUGAACAAAUCUCAGCAAACGACAGCAGCGACGAGGAAGAGAAAACGCUCUCUCAAUUUCUCCUCCGGCGGCGCGGCGACAGAUGGCUCCUCCUUCGUCUUCCCUCCGAACCUCCAGGCUCUCGAAGAGGACCCCGAGGACAACCGCCUCUACUCGCAGAGCCCCGUCGACAUCGCCUCGCUCCGCUCCUCCGAAAUCGAGGAAUUCGUCAAAGGCCUGUCGUUCGAUCUCUCCGACAAGGAGCUGUUCUGCGUGGAGGAGCAGGACGUGUUCGACCGCGUGUACUCGCUGGUCCGCAGCUUCUCCGGCCUUGCCCCGCCCUGCAAGCUCAACGUCGCGGAGAGCCUCAGGUCGAACCUCAGCGUGCUGCUCCCGAACAUCGACUCCCUCGCGCGACAGGACGACGACGGCAUGAUCCUGGACCGCAUCGGCUCGCACCGCAACGCCUUUAAGAUAUACACGUUCUUCCUGCUCAGCAUCGUGCGUGAUGAGGAAGCGAGCGUUGGCUCCGGCAACAGUUCGAAGGUGGCAGCAACCGCAAGGAAGAAACAGCCUCUGAACUCUUGGAACUGGGAACAACAGAGGGGACGGGUGCUAAAUCUAAUUGCUAACUCCUUAGAGGUCAACCUUUCGUUGCUCUUUGGGUCAUCGGAUCCAGAUGAAAAUUACCUCUCUUUAUUGCAAAGUAUAAAUGUAUUCUCAAUGUUUGAAAAUGCUUCGCUCUUAAAAGACCUCGAGACGAAAGAUGCUCUCUGUCGUAUCAUUGGGAGUUGUGCCAGCAAAUACCAUUACUUAGCACAAUCAUGUGCUUCAAUCACGCAUCUGAUUCACAAAUAUGAUUUUGUUGUCACCCACAUGGCCGAGGCUGUUGCAGGGGCUGAGAGAAAAUAUGCUGAUGGUAGCUUGGCCAGUUCUCUAAUAAGAGAGAUUGGAAGGACCAAUCCAAAAGACUAUGUUAAGGACACUGUAGGAGCUGAAAAUGUUGGACGUUUUCUAGUUGAACUGGCUGACAGGAUACCCAAGUUGAUAUCGACCAACAUUGGAGUGCUUGUAUCACAUUUUGGUGGAGAAUCUUAUAAAAUAAGAAAUGCUCUUGUUGGAGUUCUAGGAAAGCUGGUUGCAAAAGCUUUUAAAGAUGUAGAGGGUGAGGUUAGUUCUAAAUCUGUUCGCCUUCGAGCAAAGCAAGCUAUGUUGGAAAUCUUGCUGGAAAGGUGUAGGGAUGUCUCAGCUUACACUCGAAGUCGAGUUCUUCACGUCUGGGCUGAGCUCUGUGAAGAGCAUUCUGUUUCAAUCGGAGUAUGGAAUGAGGUUGCAACUGUUGCUGCUGGAAGAUUGGAGGAUAAGAGUGCCAUUGUCAGAAAAUCAGCAUUAAACCUACUUAUCACAAUGUUGCAGCAUAACCCUUUUGGUCCGCAGCUUAGAAUUGCUUCAUUUGAAACUACACUGGAGAACUACAAGAAGAAGCUAGAUGAGCUUGAACCCACUACCCAUGAAAAUAGUGUAAUUAAUGGUUUAUCACCUGAAGAUUUAUGCAAUGCCGAUGGAGAAAUUGAAGAUUGCAAUGCUGAAACUAUGUCUCAGGAACAACAAAAUAGCUUACCUGAUAGUUGUUUACCCCAUACAGAAGAUGCGGUCGCUAAUAAAGAUAGUUCUGUGCCAGAUGUUGGCAACUUGGAACAGACCAGAGCCUUGGUUGCAUCUCUUGAAGCUGGAUUGAGAUUUUCUAAGUGUGUAUCAGCCACAAUGCCGAAUCUCGUACAACUGAUGGCUUCAUCCUCUGCCACUGAUGUCGAGAACACUAUUCUGUUGUCGAUGAGGUGCAGACAGUUCCAGAUUGAUGGCUCAGAAGCCUGCUUGCGUAAGAUGUUGCCAUUGGUGUUUUCUCCAGACAAAUCCAUCUAUGAAGCUGUGGAGAAUGCCUUUAUUACAAUUUACAUAAAAAACCCAGUAGAGACAGCUAAAAAUUUAGUCGAUCUAGCUGUUGACUCUAACAUAGGUGAUCUAGCUGCUCUGGAAUCCAUUAUUGGCGCCCUGGUAUCAAAAGGAGAUAUAACAACCACAAUGGUUUCUGCUUUGUGGGAUUUCUUUUGCUUUAAUGUCAAUGGAACUACUGCAGAACAAAGUCGCGGCUUAUCUGUGCUUUGCAUGGCAGCAAAGUCGUCUGCUGGCAUCCUCAGCUCUCACAUUCAAGACAUCAUUGAUAUUGGAUUUGGACACUGGGCAAAAGUGGAUCCUUUACUUGCAAGAACAGCAUGCAUAGCUAUUCAAAGAUUGUCUGAAGAAGACAAGAGAAGACUCAUGAUGAGUAAUGGUAGUAGGUUGUUUGGUAUUUUGGAAAGUUUGGUCUCUGGUUUUUGGCUACCAGAGGACAUAUGGUACGCUGCUGCUGAUAAAGCAAUAGGUGCCAUAUAUACACUUCACUCAUCACCAGAAACUUUGGCAGCUGAACUGGUCAAAAAAUCUCUCAAUUCUGUGUUUGAUGUGAAUGGAGGGGAUGAAAUACAGAAAGAUAUUGAGAAUUGUAGCACAAGUGGCCUUACAACGAUUCAAGUAGCCAAGCUAAGUAAAUUUCUUUUCGUUGUCAGUCACGUUGCCAUGAACCAACUGUUAUAUAUUGAAUUCUGUGCUUGGAAAAUCCGAAAACAGAGAUCCAAAAAGGAGAAAGCUGAAGCUGAUGGUGUGGCACUUGGAGAGAAACCUAAGGAAAAUGGUAUUAGUGCUGAACUUGGUCUGGCAGCUUCUGAGGAUGCAUUCCUUGAUUCACUAGCAGAAGGAGCAGAGUCAGAAAUCAUUUCUAGCAGUUCCUCCGUGAAUUUGAUUGGAAGCUGUGCAUCUUUCCUAUCGAAGCUCUGUAGAAACUUUGGUUUGAUGCAAAAGUGUCCUGAAUUACAAGCAUCCGAAAUGCUUGCUUUAUGUCGGUUUAUGAUAAUAGAUUCAAGUUUUUGUGAUGCCAAUCUCCAGCUUCUAUUUACCGUCAUUGAAAAUUCACCAUAUGAGAUUGUUCGUUCCAACUGCACCAUAGCACUUGGCGAUUUGGCAGUUCGGUUUCCUAAUUUACUAGAACCAUGGACUGAAAAUGUCUAUGCUUGGUUACGGGAUCCUUCUCUAUCUGUUAGGAAGAAUGCUGUUCUUGUGCUCUCCCAUCUCAUAUUGAAUGAUAUGAUGAAGGUGAAAGGUUACAUAAAUGAAAUGGCUGCGCGAUUGGAAGAUGAAGAUGACAGGAUUUCAAGUUUGGCUAAACUAUUUUUUAAUGAAUUGUCUAAAAAAGGAAGCAACCCGAUAUACAAUCUACUUCCGGAUAUAUUGGGCAAAUUAUCCAGCCAGAAUUUGAAGAGAGAGUCUUUCUGCAACAUUAUGCAGUUCUUGAUCAGUUCCAUCAAGAAGGACAAGCAAAUGGAAGCUCUUGUCGAGAAGCUAUGCCACAGGUUUGGGGGGAAUAUCAGGCAAUGGGAAUGCAUCUCUUAUUGUCUUUCUCAGCUGGGUUUUACUGAAAAGGGACUCAAAAAGCUCAUUGAAUUAUCUAAGACUUAUGAACAUACGCUCGCGGAGGACUCCGUCAUGGAUCAUUUUAAAAGCAUUUUAAGCAAGGGGAAGAAGUUCGCCAAACCAGAAUUGAAAACAUGCCUCGAGGAGUUUGAAGAGAAACUUAAUAAAGUCCAUGCUGAGAAGAAGGAACAAGAAGUUACUGCAAAAAUGCUCAGGCUCAUCAAGAGAAGAUGGGUAGCUUGGAAACCUUUUACGUCAUCUUGUAGUUCUGGAGUGGAAGGUGUGGAAGUUGACUCAACUGAAGAGGGAGAAAUUACUAACGCAUCAAUAGAAGAUACCAAGGGAUCUCUCAGUGGUAAUCCGAAUUCUACCAUUGAAUCAGAAGAAUCUUCGGGUGCUUCCAGUGAGGUAAUAGAAUCAGAAUCAGGAGACAUGGAAAUUCAAUCGCCAAAAGUUGUCGUGAGAGGGUCCAAAUCCAGAGCCAAGGAAGCCAAAACUAGGGGUGAAAGUAGCAAUGCUUCCACAUCCACAAGAAAGAAUCUCAGGGUAAAGCGAAGGUAG